GAUAGGCUUGCCCCUUCAGUGGCCUCACAGGAUACCCUUAAGGCGGCCUCUUUUCGCAGAGUCGCUCCAAGAGCAGGCAGGUGUAGCUCAAGUUUUGGGACUCGGUCGCACCUAGUAACGCCUGACUUAUAAAUCUGUAAGCCUUACAACACCAAGCCUGUGCUCCACAGAAUGCCAGCAGACAUAAUGACCAGUGAGGCAGCAGUUGAUAGGCUUGGGCAGCAGAGCUUGGCAGCGCCAGGAGACGACGACUCCCUGUCCUCGCUGUCCGACAACCUGUCUAUUUGGAUCGACGGCGAAGAGCACUGGAUAUCCGGCGUAGACGCCGGCACCACCUGUGCAGAUCUAAUCUGCGCGUUGAUCAGCUACCAACGCGUACAACAAGAUGCGUUUCCUGAGGAAGGCGGUCUCGCUGUUCAUCUGAGGCCAGAGCCCAGCCAAAAACAUCUCGCCCAGAGUCCACAGGAGUUUGCUAUCGUGCAAAAACAGCGGCACUACGAGGAGUACUUAGACGGUAGUGCCAGGCUCUUUGAUGUAAUCACCAGCCGUCACGCAUUACCGAAGGAGGAUUACCAACUUGAGCUUCGCCAUUUGGCCUCUUCGGCCCGCAAGCACACGCCGACAACGGAUAAGGACAGUGGGAUGGGCAGUCCAGUGGACAGUUCGCGGAACAUGCGCUUCCGUCGGCGGGGCCGGCACAAGGUGCUGCCGUCUACUAAGAUCGCGGAAAACACCAACAUUAAGCAUCCAAAGAAGAGCCGGAAACUACAGCAGAGGAACCACCAUUUGACCCCGAACGAGAGUCUGCUGAACAUUAUCCUGGCCCAAGAUGAGACCAUACUCCACCAGAUGUCCAUGUUGCAUGAGAAGGACAGACAGAUUCUGAAAAUCGAGGAGGAGAAGCACCGGGUGCGGGAACGAGAGUUGGGUAAAAACUACCUGCUUGAGACAUAUCUGAAGGACUUGGACGAGCCCCAGGAAAACGGGUCAGGCCUUGAAGACUUCGAAGAGGAAACACAUAGAUUACACGAGAAUGAAAAGGACUACCGAACGCCAAACGAUGGAGACACUUUCAACGACGAGAUUUGCCUUUACUGGCUGGAAAAAAUUCACGCGCUAAACAAGCUACUGCAGCGGGAGGAGGAGCUGUUGCUCAGCAUGCACGCCAAGGUGCGUAGGCACCAGGUGAAGCAGGCCUACCAAACGAAGAGCGAAGUGCUACUGCAAAUCGAUAGACUCGAUACAGAGCUAGCGGCUCAGGUGGCGGAUAUCCACCGAGUGGAACGGAAGCUUUUCACGGCCAAUGAACAGCUAAAAGCGAAGCUGGGUGUGCUCGAAUGUUUGGGUCGCGAAUUCGAGACAACGGUAUCUGGAGGCGAUCUAGGAUGCGCUGCCGCGGUUGAAAGCGAAGAAACUGAAGAAGUACAACAAAGCCCACCAGAUGAUCUCCACCACUCUAUGAAGCGGACGCCAAUUUUAAUGGGCCACCCCAAUUGCCGCGCGACGCAACAAGAACUGGUGGACAGGAACCUGAAGGAUCGACUUGUGACCGACAAGGGAUUAUCAAAGCAAAUGUUCAACGUGAUCAGAUCCCCAGAUCCUCCUACCUCAACCGUCCUUCGGAGAAAAUUUUGUUCCGCAGAAACACAUUCGGAGGUUUCGAAAACGGACAUCCAACACCUGGGCACCCUCGUGUAAAUUUCGCGAGAAACCAUAUCAUUCAAGUAUCUCGAUAAACGUAUUUGAACAUCUGUACCAAAUUUUUGCCAACUUACCAAAUAGAGAUUUCAUUCUUUGUUUAUGUUUAA